AUGGCCAUCACUGUGGAUCGUCGCCAACGUAGAAUCAUCCGACUCGCCCAAGAAUGGAACGUCCCUCUACCCUCGGCUGCUCCAGCACGCCUCGAGCGACCAGCCAGCCUGCCUUCCCACCGGACACCCACCGACGACCACACCGCUGAGGACCUUCUCCAACGCCAUGCGAUAGAGCUCUCCCAGGCCCGGCCAAAGAGUGGCCUGCAAAGAGCCUUUUCAACCAGCAACCUCAAGAAGGGCAAGCAUUGGGAGCCAAAGCAUAUCCUCCAGGUCCUCACGACGUGGACCGCCCAAGCGGGAUCGGCUGGCGUGGCCGAGGCCCUCAUCGCCAAGCUGACGGCCUCGGGCGUUGACUUGGGUGCCAUGUCCAUGCAAAAAUCAAACCUUCUAAGUCGACGACGAAGUGUUGAUGGGGCCAUGGAUAAGGCUAAGCUCAUGAGACUCGCGGUACAGAACAACCAACUGGAAAUGGUCCAAGUUCUUGUCCCGUACGCCGACCCCAUGUCACUCGACGCUUGUCUCCCCCUGGCUGUAAGACAAGGCAAUACUCCCAUCGUCGAGCUCCUGUUGCAAUUUGGCGCCAACAUCUCGCAAACGGCUGAAGGCCAGGAUGCCUUUCGCCAAGCUUGCAAUAUCUCAAUGUUGGCAGACAUGGUCAAGCUCAUUCUACAGUCAGAAGGCAGGCCGUCGUCGUCCCUCGCAUCACAGUCCAUGGUGGACGCUACAAGGAUAGGAAGCAUGGAAAUGGUCACGCAUCUCAGCCGUUCAGUGGCUGAUGGCGACUACAACCAGGCGGAGGCUCUUCGACUUGCCGUCAGCAUGGGGCGCGGCGACAUCUCUCUUGCCAUCAUUAUGGGAAACAGGCCUCCACAGGUCCCAGGCGUGAGCCAGGCUUUCGAAAACACGCUCAACAGUUCCACUUUGACACCGGGGAUAAAGCUGCAGCUGGCAGAGCUGCUCAUCUGUGCCGGCGCGGAUGGGCAUGUGCUAUCGCACGCUCUUCAGGUUGCCUGCGACUCUCAGUUCUAUGAGGUGGCGAAGCUUUUGGCUUCCUACGGAGUAUCCAUAGAGUACAACAACGCCGCUGCACUGAGAAACGCCAUACAAAAAAGGCAACUGGACCUGGUUUACUCUUUGGUGACCGACUCUGCGACAUUGUCGCCGUCUACAGCCUCUAGUUGUGUCUUGUCAAUACCUCAACAGAUCGCCCAGGCCGAUCGGUACAUGCUACUUGACUUGCUGUUGCGGAAGGGCGCCAAAGGUCGGCCUUUGGAUGACAUGCUCAUCGUCGCUGCCGAAGCCGGCGACACCAACUCAGUCGAGCUUCUGCUGAAACCCUUCUUUCCUGAGCCGUCUUCAAACGGAGCGAAUGGUAUGAGCGGUGAUCGGAGCACGUCUCAGAUGCUACAUCGCCAUGAGGUCGCGUCCCCUGACUAUCGGGAAGGCCAUGCGUUGCGAACGGCCGUGCUGCGGUUGGACACAACUAUGACGGCCAGGAUCCUCGCUAGCCAGCCUUCGGCUGACACUUUAACCAGAGUCUUCCCCCUGACCAAGAAUCUGACGGCCGCAGACCGCUACGAGAUGGUGGAGCUGUUUCUCAAGGGAGCCUUGUCAGGGCCACCGCUGCAUGCCGCACUCCAGGACGCCAUCAGCGAGGAUGUCUCGUCCAGGGACGAUGCGCUCAUCGGGCUCCUAUUGCAACACGGGGCGGACAUCAACUACAACCGAGGUCAAGGUUUGCAAUCCGUGAUCCUUCAAGCUGAUCUGCCACUUUUCGAGACGCUCAUACACAGAGCAUCGCCUCAAACCGCGGCCGCUCGAAUCGCGGAUGUCAUGAAGGUUCCCGAACACCGCACGCGGUAUGGAAUGAUGGUGUUGCUUCUCGGAGCCGGGGCGUCCAUUGAUAUUGAAGGAACAACAACUGGUCUUGCUGAGACGUUGAAGGAGAAGCCCGUCGACAUGUCAUUGUUAAGGUUGAUGCUGCAGCAAGGCAAUCCAGACGUGAACAGCAGCCGCUACAACGUCAUCAACGCAGCUGUAGGCAAUCCAGAUCCCAAGGUUCUUGAGCUGGUUCUUGGUCUUGGGAAGCCAAAUGCAGAGACUAUAUCCAGGGGCCUCUUGGAGGCGUCAUCACUGCCACCCUCGGACGGCAAGACGUGGAAGAUGCAAAUUGCACUUGCCAAAUCGAGAAGGCCGGAGGAUCUUUCGACCCUUCUAACCAACGAAGUGCAUACCCUGACACAAAGUAGCUCGCGAGCACUGUCAUUGUCCACAAUCAAGAUGCUCUUGGAUAAGGGAGCCGACGUCAAUCGAGGCCCAACACUGUGUCAUGCUGUGUCGAGCGGCAGCACUGCAAUCACGGACACUCUCCUGGAAAGCCCGAAGCCUCCAACACAAGCAACACUCGAUCCUGCUUUGCCUCACGCGCUCAAGCUAUCUGACCUGAUGGACCGCUUGUCCUUCACAAAGAAGCUCAUUGCGGCAGGGGCAUCACCUCUGCAGAUCAACAGAGGAUUGAUUCAUGCAGUUGAGCACUACACAGAGGACGUAUCUCUUCUGGGUGUUUUGGCCGAUAAGGCUGAUACCACGGACGGCGAGGCUUUGGCCAUGGCUGUUUCAAAAGAGGCGUCAGAUGUGAUCGACCUGUUACUGAGCAAGUCGAAGCACACGCUAGACGUCAAGCACUCAGCCUUGGCCCGCACAAUGAGCAUCCGCGAUCGAGCAUCUCGCAAGGGCAUAUGCGCGCGGCUUCUCGAAGACGGCAUCUCAAAGGAGGAAGCAUCAAAUGCUCUCCUGAUCGCUGCGAGGGACGGCGACAUCGACCUGGGCAAUAUCCUCAUGGCUCAUGGUGCUAGUAUUUCAAGCAACGGGGGUCAGGCCAUCAUUGAGGCCUGCCGAGGAGGUAGUGCCGACGUCGUCGAGGUUUUACUGAAGAGCGAAGGCCAGGUGCACAAGGUGACAUUGGAGAAAGCAUUCCAGGCAGCGACCGAAGUGCGAGAUCUCAACAAGAGGGCCGUCAUUUUCGAAAAGUUGCUGCGGAAAGGGGUAUCAGGCGAGCCAGUCGACGCGCAACUGACAUUCGCUGCACGCUACGGCGAGGCAGGACAUGAGGUCCUCCGAGUUCUGCUUGCUGCCGGGGCAGAUCCCAACUACCAGAGCGGCGAGGCUGUCUUGGUCGCAACACGAACCGCGUUCAUGCGGAAUCUUGAGCUGCUCUUGGGGUUGUGGGAUCAGGAAGGCAGGCAAAAGAAAGCUUCGCAGCCAACACUUUUGCGUGCUUUUGAAACCUGUUGGGGACUGAAUCGCGAUACACGGCACAACAUCAUUAUUGAUCUGUUCAAAGCUGGUAUGCCGGUGGUGGACCUUGUACACGCCGCCUUGAACGAUGCUGUCAACGAAGAGGACUGCGAAGACAGGUUGAUUCAACUGCUGCUUGAUCAUGGGGCCUCGCCAACUGCCAACGAGUGCAAAGCCCUCAUCAAUGCGGUAAGGAAGGGCGCAUCAUCCUCCAUCAGCGUUCUACUCAGCCGGCCUUUGCCAGCAGAGGCGCUCAAUUAUACAUUUGCUCACAGUUAUGCACCGGACAGCUUCACAUCCUGGUUCUCUCAGAAUGGUAUACAAACUAUUCGAGUUCUCCUGGAACACGGAGCUCAGGGUGGCGCUCUGAGCCAAAUGGCACUACAAGUCAUGAACAAUCACGCGCCAGACACGGCAGAUCUGGCGGACGAGUUCAUAACUUUGUUGACAUCGCAUGGCCUCGAUGUGAACUACAACAGGGGCGAGCCCCUCCAAGUGGCUGCGUCCCAAGCAAACGUUGGCUGGACGAAAGAGCUCCUGGCCUUGCAUCCUUCGACUGAGUCAUUGUCAUUCGCCUUUCAGCACAUUUUCGACACCGCACUCGACCAAGAUGACGCCCUGCAGCUAUUCGAGCUCUUCGCAGACUACCGCGACGGCGAAACUAGAGUGGAUGUCAUGGCGCAGAAGCCAGAUGCGGCCCCCGUGCUGGUGCAGGCCAUGACACAGUAUCCCAGGUCUGUCGUGAUUCUCAAGACAUUGCUCGAUACUGGUUUCUACCAUGAUCAAGCCACAUUUUACCAAAUCUACGAUGACAUUGGUGACCAGGAGCAAAUGACCCUUCUCACCUGGGCCAUUGCACAGCCCCAGAAAAAGAUCAGCUCGUCACUCAUUGAGUUGCUGUUGGAUCGCGGUGCCAAUGUCAAUUUGGAGACUCCCUUAUCGCGGACAACGCCCUUAAUGCAGGCGAUCCAAACUCGCCGACCGGAUCUUGUGCGGAAACUGCUUCUUAGGGACGCAGAGGUCGACAUUGUGGACUACAAAGGACGCUCCCCGCUGUCGAUGGCUACAGACAUUGGCGGUAAACUAGGCACCGAAAUGAUGGCUGACCUCCUCGCCGCGGAUCCCUCGAGAGACGAUGGGUCGCUACACAAUGCGGCCCGCUCCUUGAGCUUGGAUGUCGUCAGCGUGCUCAUACAGUCUGGUCACGAUCCAGAUUUCCCGAGCCCCUGUCACGAAGGCAGGAGUGCGCUGGGCGAGAUCUGUCUCAACGGCUCGGGUGCGGAACUAACCGCCGAGCGCGAGAAGAAGAUGCAAAAGGUGAUGAAUCUGCUCAUUGACCAGGGCUCCGAUCUCUCGAUAAAGACGCGAGGCAAGUCUCUGCUUUAUCUGUGCUUCGAUGCGCGCGAUCCCGUGGCAACAAGCCGCAUCUUGCUCAAGGCUGGCAUGUGGAAGUUUAUCAACAAGCCCCUGAACCAGUAUACCGACGAGGACCACACGUACUCUCCGACCAUGUACGUCAAAAAGCUGCUGCAGGAAUCAGACCACAAAGAGGAGCUUCUGACUUUGCUGUAUGCCAACCGUGCUGUGGACGUGUACUACGCCCACACUGGCGCUCAGCCCGAGGAUGCGGUCGGUCUGCCUGAAGAUGUCAAAGUCGAGGAACGAGUCCGCAAAGCCCGUCUCAGCCGUUUGGCGGAGGAGAAUCAGGACUUUGCCCUGUCCCUCGCGCGGAAACGAGAGCUCGCCAGCGUGGAAGGACAGAUCUGGAAGCAAAAGGCCGAGAUGGAAGACGCCCGUCGCCGUCAGCUCCAGAACGAGGAUCUACUGGCCGUGCGGAACAGAGCGCAGCUCGAAGAAUCGCUCGAGUCCGCGACGCAUCGUCGACGUGUAUCCGAGCAGCGCUCUCUGACGGAGGCGUCUAUCUCCCGCACCAGGGCCAUUGCGGCAACCGAGUUCGACGCCGAGGAAGCGAAGCAGAGGAAGACGCUGGAAUGGCAACAGCGCCUCAACUCGGAGAGAGUGGACCACGUCAGGGCCAUUAGCGCCGUGACGAUUAGCGAGCGCGAGGAGCUCGAUCGACUGGAGAACAAGGCCGAUCAAAGGCUGAAGGGCCGACUGAGUCAACAGAAGAAACUCCUGGAUGUGCAAGAGAGACUCAAUCGUGGCGGCUCCCUGGGAUCAGCAAGUCAGAGACGGCAGAUUGAGGAAGCAGUAGACUGA